AUGAUGAAUGAGUGUGAUCCAUCACCUGAUAGAAUUGAAGAAUUCUUUGAACUGGUUAGUACCAUACAAAUUACUAUCAUGUGUAUUGCAAGAGCCUGUCAUUUUCUUUGAUUAACCCUGAUUUUGUUACCAAGAAUCCCUUUGAGAAAAAGCAAUGAAAACUCAAAUGAAUUGUUGGUAGACAAACUGAGGGUUAAUAAAAUUGUCUACCAUAGCUUUUAACACAGUGUAACAAUAUAGUGUACAACAGUUGAGUUCUUUUUAAAAAUCAAAAUUUACAUUAUUUUAUACUAGGCAAGUGCAUGGGGUAAGCUUUUUGUUUCUCUUGGUGGCGAAGUUAGUGGAUUUGGAAAACAACAUGUCACACCAUAUAUGCACUGCUUGGUGUACCAUGUCCCAAACUUUAUGCUGAGACAUAAUGGCAUACGAAAGUUCACAGGGCAAG